AUUUCUAACUAUUUUCACGGCUGUGGUUGUGGGCGAAAGCUGCUUGCCAGAAACUGAGCAAAGAAGCAAGUAAAGGGCGGUUUGGAAAUUGUUACUAUUAUUUUCUCUCUUACAUGUGUUGAGGAUGAUGAUGAAGUCAAUUUCAUUCACUCUGUUUUCUUCUUCUUCUUCCUUGUGGCCGAUUAGGGUUAUUAUUCUUUCUGGCUGUGGAACGAACCAUGCUGUUGUUCGAGAAUGGAUGAGUUGAACUGCGCGAUGACGACGACGACGACGGAGAAUAGCAUUGCGGAGCUGGUUCAAUGGGAGAGGUUUCUGCCGCGGAUGGUGCUCAGAGUGCUGCUUGUAGAAGCUGAUCAUUCCACGCGCCAAAUCAUCGCCGCGCUUCUUCGCAAAUGCAUUAUUGCAGUUCCGGAUGGAUUAAAGGCAUGGGAAACAUUGAAGAAGAAGGCAUCUGAGCUAGAUCUCAUAUUAACAGAAGUGGAGCUACCAGCAAUAUCUGGAUUUGCUCUUCUUUCUUUAAUCAUGGAGCAUGACAUUUGUAAAAGCAUUCCUGUCAUAAUGAUGUCUUCUCAUGAUUCGGUUAACAUGGCGUUGAAAUGCAUGUUAAACGGGGCAGUUGAUUUUCUUAUAAAACCCAUUCGCAAGAAUGAGCUUAGGAACUUGUGGCAACAUGUAUGGAGAAGGCACACUAUUAUCACUCCUACUCAAAAUACAACAUUUUCACCGAAAAAACUUAAAACUGCCUCAGAAGACAAUUCUGCAAGCAAUAAAUCUAAUGGUUCUGUGGCUUCCUCAAAGAAAAACAAUGAAUGCAGCGAGAGAUUAAGUGAGGCUCAAAGCACUUGUACAUCACCAAUUAUGGAAGCUGCGAGUACAUACAUGGAAAAUAUGCAGGAUGUGUCCCAGGAUGUACAUUGCCAAGUUAUGCAAACUCAUGUGCAGAGCACUUGUGCAUCCCCAAUUUUUGAAGCCGAGAGUACAUUUGUGGAAAAUAUGCAGGAUGUGCCCCAGCUGGAAAGUUCUAAACUGAACAAAAUUGAUAUGGUGGACCAUGAAAAGUUUGCCAAAUUUGAAAGGAAAUCAGCUAAGCAUAAGGAUGAAACAGAGGAUAAAUCAAUUACAAUUGUAUCAGAGGCUGCAAGGUGUGACAAAAGUUUUGAAUUGACAGAUUUAAUGCUAGAACAAGACUGUGGUGUUGCUGAACCUGAAACUGAAAACGAGGAUGAAAUCUUAAAAUCUGAGUUAGGCAGAGACAAUUCUCAUGUUUCUAUAUUGCAUGGAUGCAAUGCUGAGCAGGUGAAACCUUCUAAAGGAGCUAUUGACUUGAUUGCCACAUUUGGAAAUCUUCCAAAGCACCCUAAUGAAAACUGUAGUCUCAAUGGUGGUAAUACAACCAAGUUUGAUUGUGAAACGCAAUUGGAACUUUCCUUAAGAAGUGAUUUUCCUGGCAGCUCAGGUAAACAAGCAAGUGAAUCAACUGAGGAAUCUCAAAGAUUGAACCAUUCAAAUACUUCUGCCUUUUCUUGGUACAGUAAUAGUAAAUUGUUGCAGCCUCUUUUUUCACCACCAUCGAUUACAUCUCCUAAAGUAAACUGGCUCAAUUGGGAUUCUCAUGAAUGCCUUAAAUUAUCUGGAAAUUGUCAGUAUGACGACUCAAAUCAGAACCUGGAGAAUAUGAUCAGUACAGUCAUUGGUCAGUAUGGACUCUUACCUGUUUCAGGAGUUAUCUCCAAGCUUAAGUCUGAGGGACAUGGUCAUGUUUUUACUUCUGUUUUCUAUGCACAAUCUGGCAUUCACCCCAUGUUGAGUCCAAAACCAGUCUGCCAGAAUGAGAGUUCUCCCUUUCCCACAAGUACCUCCUCCCAGUCCAAUCCUGAAAGUCACUGCUCAGAUCAACCUCAUGACUGUUCCAAUGAUGCUACUUGUCUUGAUCAAAAUGUAAAGGAUAAUACUGAUUCAGAUCACGCAAGGCAUGAGUCUCCUGCUGCUGAUCAGAGUGCUGGUAAUAAUUUAUGCCAUGAUGCUGCAAAUCAUGUUAAUAGUAGUGCAUAUGGAAGCAUGGACAGUGGAAAUGAUGGACAUGCUACUUCAGCUAUAGUAUCCAAGAACACCUCAGAUGGUUUCAGUGAUAGUGGUUGUCAUAAUUAUGAUGGAUUUAGAGUGACAGAUUCUCAUCACUCCAGUCAAAGAGAAGCAGCACUAGUGAAGUUUCGACUGAAGCGGAAAGAGAGAUGCUUCGAGAAAAAGGUUCGAUAUCAAAGCCGGAAAAGACUGGCAGAGCAGCGGCCUCGGGUGAAGGGGCAGUUUGUACGACAACAUAAUCAUCCAUUCGCUGAGGCUGGUGGUGAUUCAUGAACAUUGUUCUCUUUAGGUUUCCUGUAGUAUUAAAUUACAGUUGACUGUAACACCGAUUGUGUCAACAAGGAUUAGCUGUAGGGUGGUAUCUGUGUGUUGUUGGAAUCUGUUUAUCCAUUAGGCAAAAGAAGAGUAGGCCAGUAGGGAGAUAGCUAAAGGGUAGUGCUAAACAUUCUUAGGUGUUUUCUUCUGGGUUUACAUUUGGACUGCCACUUACAACUUUAGAAUUGUAAUUAUUUAGUGGGAUUGGUUUGGGUUUUGCCUGUGUAUAUGUUUUCUUGGUUGAAUACUAAUAUGGGUCUGUAAUUACAUAGGUUUUAGGUUUCAGUCUGUAAUAUGGGUCUGUAAUUACAUGGGUUUUGCAACUGAUUGAUCUUUCUUUGCAUUCGGCAUUUAAGCAUUGUUUUAAACUCAC